AUGGUCUACAUGUGCUCAUGUAAAGCGUAAAUAAACACUGCCUGACCAGAGGUACACUGUACUUCGGAUGCUACGUGGCGUGGGAAUAGUAAUUAAUCAAUACAUUUUCAUUGUGUUAAGGAUUGGACUCGGCGGUUGACGGGAUUUAUGUGGAAACUUAACUUGGCCUAUUUACAUGGGUUGAUCGAUCAUUUGCAGACGGAAUAGUUUAGGCCGUCUUUCUAGAAUUUCUUUUUACAAUGGCGGACACAUUGCCAGCCGAGAUCCAGAACCUCAUUGAACUGUGCCAGACUGCGAAGAAGAAUGCGCACUGCCCAUACAGCAAGUUCAGAGUGGGGGCUUCGCUGCUCACAAAGGACGGCAAAGUUUUCAGUGGUUGCAAUGUCGAAAAUGCAUCAUACACCCUAGGACUAUGUGCUGAAAGAUGUGCAAUCUUCAAGGCUGUGUCAGAAGGCUAUAAAGAAUUCCGGGCCAUGGCUGUCGGCAGCGAUGUAAAAGACCAUUUCCUUGCACCAUGCGGAGCCUGCCGACAAGUCAUGCAUGAGUUCGGAGGGAAGAACCUGGAGGUGUACAUGACAAAGCCGGAUCUCUCCUUCCAGCGGAUUGCCAUGCAUGAACUAUUGCCUUAUGGUUUCGACGCCGAAGCCUUGUCGCACAAGAGGAUUGAGGCAGAAUAAGGCAGUGUGGUUUCCAUGCAAACUGAACAGUGCCUACAGAUCAUCCAUUGAGCCUCCCUGUUAGUUUCACCUUUCCAUGCUGGAACUUUUGUAAAAAAAAAUGUUAUUUUUUUAAGCGUCUGUGCGGUGGAAUUAUAGGUCAUACGAACGAAUUACUUCCCGUAUGCCUUCCAAAAUGUCACUCCUAUACACCACUUAUAUAUAAACAGCACUUUGGAUUUACCUUUAACCCAGAAAUGAGUGAAAAAAGAUUCAUCUUGUCCAUAAUUCAUGUUUGCAACAUCAAAUAAGACCUGAGUUUUUAAAGAUGAGGUGGGUGUUGGAGGUGCUGUUGGUGUUGCAUGUUCUACAUCUUAAUAGCUGUGCCAACUACCUACCUACCUACCUGCCUAGCUCAGACUAACACUAACACUGGGCAUUGUUAUCUAUGGCACACCUAGACAGACAACUUUCCACUGCACAAGAUCAUAUCGCUACAGCGGUUUCGACUGAAGACUUCACCAAGAUCAAGAGAUCAAAAGAGAUACGUCCAUGGUGCUACCGCAAACCUACUUUCUAUCAGACUAACACUGUGUUAUUCUGCACAGUGUAAAGUGUAAUCGUUGUCUAAUAAACCUCUUUGCAUUAACCAUGGCGCGGUCUCUAUUUUAAGCAUGGAAGUGCUCUUACCACUUUUGCUGUGUUUUUGACGGACGUGUAUUUCUCUUUAUCAAAAGCUACCAUUCCAGCUAGAUGUGUAUUAAAGGCCAAGUCUCCGUUGAUAUUUAUUUACGAAAUCUCAUUCCAGAAUGACGCAUGUUGUAAUAUGUAUUUAAAAAUACAUGCGCCCAAAGGGAAUGCGUGUGUUGGAGUAUACGCGCAGUUGGCCAUAUCGAAAAAAAUAUAUAUCAUUGGAUUAUAACUGUGCCAAAGGCGUCAGUAAUGCCCCUAGCAGGGGAUGACUUUUUGUAUUCGCCAUGGCAUUGUCAAUCACUAUAUAGCGGCCUUGACUAGUCUUGUAUAUCGCUACAGAAAAUGUCAGUCCAUCGCACUGUAUGCCCCAAUUACAACCAUGAUGGACUUUUGUAGAUACAAAAAAUCACUUCACUCUGGUGGCAGCGUACCGUAGCCGUUUGCCCUUUCCAGAUUUCCUGUCCCUAAAUAUUCAUGCACCAAAGCUAUGUCACGUUGACGACGCGAUCAUACUGCCGUAAUAUCUGAUGUGUGUUGUAUAUUAAGCCAGAUAGGGUCGGACCACAUGGGACGACCUUUUAAGGUAAUCUAUUACCAGUUCAUAGAGUAACAUUUAUUUUUGUUACGUAAUGUAGGUUUCAAAAUUGAAACAUUAACAUUUAAAACGUUGAAAGAACUAUUGGCAAGGCACUUUCUCGCAUGUUAAUACUAAAAUGAUUUCAAAAGUAACCAUGCAAUCGAGGAGUCUUAAAGGCUCUAUUUUCUUUGUUAUUCCAAGGAUAUCUUCCAAAACAUUUUUCUAUUUCGGUACAACGUUAAAAUAGUUCGUUUAUCCAUUGCGGAAAAAAGAGCAACAAAAAGAUGAAACGUGUCUUUCUUAAACGGCCUCGAAAAAUCAAGAUUUUAUGGUGUUAAAUUUAGGACGGGAUUAUAGUGGACCAUUUCAAUGAACUUGCUCUGAAAACCAUACCCUGUAAAGUGAAAAUUAUAACGAAAUAAAAUUAGAAAGUAUGUGACCAAAAGCUGGCGAAAAUAAAAUGUACGUCUCCCACAAUCUCAAGCUGUAAUCGUCGGCGUAACUAUCCAGUGCGUGUUGUGGUGGUGUUACUGCGGCGAAUCGAGUCAGAUUGGAUCGGGCGCCAUUUGUGGCUCAGACAGGCCUGCAGUGAACACGUUGCACACCAGGGCCGUUUUCCAAUACCGGUACUCAACUUCGUCUCCGUCUCAGUCUUCGUCCCC